UCCCCAGUCAGUCUGUCUGUCGCUGUCCGCCGUGUGGUGGGUCAGCGGAUGCUCAUAAUGGGCUGCAGAUCGUGUUACAGAUUUGAUCUUGACACUUGCGCUGCUCCCAUAUGCCAGCAGCAUCCCGGAGGAAAUUUAGCCUGCUGUCUGGCUGUCAGUGUGUGGGGGAGCUCGCGUGACGGAAGGAGCUAGUGUGAGCUUCUGCCCUGCCAACCGGCCGUAGUCAUGAACGUGAACUUGAGGAAGCUACUCCUAGCCGCCGCUAGCUGCUGGUUGGUGCUCGUGUGUGGAUCGCCCGAGCGGGUUGAAGGUGCCGGCCAGGCGGCCACCGUCGACGGUAUACUGCGGUCGGUUGUUGCAGUACGCACCCAGCUGGAACCGGUGGCGCAGAACCGUUUGUCCCAGCGAACAACGCCGACAAGACAGGGAGGCUUGUCCUGCGGUGGAGUGAUACGUGUGCCAGGACUGCAACGGUUGUUUAACUGUGUCACUCCCGAUCGGGUUGUAUCACCGGUAGCACCUCCUCCCCAGUUCACUGUAGAAGCGCGUGUAAACGAUAAACCGCAGCAGCAAAGCACGGUGGAGAUAAUCGCCUCCGACCAGCGAGCAACAUGGUCAACGUACAGUGACGGAACGUCUUCGGCGAUACGGGGCGGCAACGGACUCCCGCACCAAGGUGAUCCGGCGAUAGGUGCGAAUCCACUCGCACUGAUCAUCCCCACGCAAGAGCAGUUGCAGCAAUUCCAGCAGUGGCAACGACCGUACCAGCAUCCCAGCAAACCGGUGACGACCACCAGAACCACAACCACCACCGCUGCUCCAGACGUGGAUGAGAUCUACUUCCCGCCAAGUGUUGAUGAGCCGGUGCCAGUGCUCGGAACGGUGCGGCCUACGCAGCACUACACCACAGCGGCUCCUGCGGGAGGCUCGAUCGCCGAACGGGUUCCGUGGGAAACGAGCAGUUGGGCCAGUGUGGGAGGCAACACGAAAGACCCGUCCCUGGAGGAGGAAGUAACGACCGAACCACCGCGCGAGGAGGAGGAGGAAGAGGAGCACGGGCUUGGCAAUCGAAUCGAUCACAAGCUGCUUCUCUCGCUCGUUGGCUAAAUUAUAGCUUAUUAUGUGUUAUUUGUACUUUGGCAGUGUAAACGGUGGCUCGUUAUUGAACAGUGUAACAUGUUGUGUGUCUUUUUGUAUGGUAAAAUUAAAAAUGAAAAAAAAAAGGUC